AUGGAAGAAAAGGUAGCACCGGCGGCGAGUGGCGGCGAGCUAUUCAGCUUGCCGGCAGGGCCUGCUACGCUGUGUUUCGAUAAGAACGAGUUUAUGAAGAAAACUUUCUCCGUCGACGAGUUCCUGCACGAGAAUCGAAAUGCCGGCAGCCUGGAGAUUAUCCGGGACGACCUGGGUCUCUACCUGAAGGUGCUCCGUUCGGCGAUGAUCGAGCUGAUCAAUCAGGAUUAUGCCGAUUUCGUCGAUCUAUCUGCCAACCUGAUCGGGCUCGAUCAGCAGAUCGAAGCGAUCGGAGGGCCACUGGAAAAGCUGCUAGCCGAGAUCGCCCAAGUAAAGGCGGCCCUCGAGGGCAGCAUGCACGAAAUCGCCAACUGUCUCGAGCAGAAGAAGGCACUACGGGCCCACAAAAAAUCGCUCCAGAGUUUGGGCCGGGUUCAGGCAUCGCUGGUGAAGCUUGAAAAUAUGUUGCGAGCUCGGGAACGGCGAGAUUCCAUCAAUGCCACGCUCCUGGAACGGGCCGCCCUCGAGUCAAUUCAAUUGCAGUUUAAUAUAGAGUUUUGCAAAACUUUUCUCGACGCCCGGCAACAGCAGUUGGCGCAGGAACUGUGGAACGAGCUGCUGGGUCGGCUGCAGGAGUAUUUCCUGCGUGCGCUGGAUGCACCGGACCCGAAAGAGCUGGAACGCUGCCUGCGCAUUUACUGCACCCUCGACGAGUGCCGUACGGCGGAGGAAGUGUUUCGGCGUGACAUUGUGGCACCGUUCAUGAACCGGGUCAUCUCGGAAGCGAGUUUACAAAACUCUCCGCAGGGCCUCACGGGGAUCUACAAUCAAAUACUGGACUUUGUGUCGAUGCGCAUGAAGCAACUCUGCCAGCUCACGAAACGGAACGGCAAGGUCAAGGGCUACAGCUUCGUGGUGAACAGCUUUUGGGCCGAAGUGGAGAGACGGAUGGAGACGAACAUGUCCUCGAUCUUCGCGCCGGGCAAUCCGGACGCCUUCUAUCAGAAGUACAAGUGUACGCUCGAGUUCCUCGAGCGCAUCGAGCAGAUUCUGGACGAUCCGGAAGAUGUGGCCGUGUUCAAAGCGCACCCGCAGUAUCGUAGCUUUCAGGUGCGCUGGAAUCUUCCGGUCUACUUUCAGAUACGCUUCCAAGAGAUCGGUUCGGCGCUCGAGGCGAUCUGCAGCGAACCGGCCGAUCGACAGCUGGCCGGAAGCAUAUCGGCAUCACAGUUCAACGUGCCCCAGUUCUCCUCUGCCCUGACGGCCAUUUCGCGCUGCUGGCAGGAAGGCAUUUAUCUGCCGCAGCUGUUCCAUCGGUUCCUUAAGCUUACGCUGCAGAUUCUUGCCCGGCUGACGGUUUGGUGUGUCGGAGCAAUUGGACCGACACCGGACGAGGCCACCGGCGAGCAACAAACGGCACGCAUACGUUUUCUCGUCGCCCUCUAUUCCGAUCUGGGUAACAUCGUGCUGAAGAUUCCUUCGAUCGUAAACCUCGCGGCGGACAAAUGUCCCGCAGGGCUGUCGAGGGCCGAACUAGAGGCGGUAAUUGGCGAGUCGGGAGAUGUUUUCCGUUCCAAGCAAACUCUAGUUCAGCGGUCCAUCGUUGAGGAGCUGAUUGGCGGUAGUUUGGUGCAACUGAGACAGGUCAGUGACAUUCCGAGGCUGUACCGGAAAACGAACCGUGAGCUGCCCAGCCGUUGCUGUCCGUACGUCGAGCAGGUGCUCGCCCCUACCGACAUAUUCCGGCGAAACUACUCCACAAUGAUUGGCCCGGAAGCGAUGCGAGAGUUCUUGUGUGGCGUUUACAGUCACGUCAGCGUGCAAUACUACCGAGUGAUCGACGAAGCGCUCACUUCCGUGCAGAAAACGGAAGAAUCGCUGCGUCGGUUGAAGAACUUGCGUGAUCGGAGUGCAACCGCAAGUGGCGGGCAAGUGGCCACCGGCGAUCGAACGUCCGUCGUCGCCUCGGAUGAUGACAAAAUCCGGCUCCAGCUGCACGUGGACGUGAUGCAUUUUGCGCAAUACAUCACCGAGGACGCAGCCAUCGCCCGGGAGGAUGUGAGCAAGUUGCCGGACCUGAUUCAACUCGUCGAAGACGCGAUAAAGGGCCGAGCGGGCGCACAGUCAAACUAAUGGGACGCACACUUUCACC